CCCGUCGGACUUGUCCUUCUGCCGCUCGCGGCGGGGAGCCUCCCAGACGACAAGGGCCAAGCGCUUUCCGGCCGAAGCCAGCUCAGCCGCGGCUUCCGGAGCCCGCGGGGCGGCGGACCGGCUUGCGGUGCAGAUUCUUCUUACUCCUUUGUUGCAAACUCUGUGACACAAGAUGGCUGCAAACAAGCCCAAGGGUCAGAAUUCUCUGGCCCUGCACAAAGUCAUCAUGGUGGGCAGUGGCGGUGUGGGCAAGUCCGCUCUGACCCUACAGUUCAUGUAUGAUGAGUUUGUGGAAGACUAUGAGCCUACCAAAGCAGACAGCUAUCGGAAGAAGGUGGUGCUGGAUGGGGAGGAAGUGCAGAUCGACAUCUUGGAUACCGCUGGGCAGGAGGAUUAUGCUGCAAUUAGAGACAACUACUUCCGGAGCGGGGAGGGUUUCCUCUGUGUCUUCUCUAUUACAGAAAUGGAAUCCUUUGCAGCCACGGCCGAUUUCAGGGAGCAGAUUUUAAGAGUAAAAGAAGAUGAGAACGUUCCAUUUCUGCUGGUUGGUAACAAAUCAGAUUUAGAAGAUAAAAGGCAGGUUUCUGUAGAAGAGGCAAAAACCAGAGCUGACCAGUGGAAUGUGAACUAUGUGGAAACAUCUGCUAAAACUCGAGCUAAUGUUGACAAGGUAUUUUUUGAUCUGAUGAGGGAAAUUCGAGCCAGAAAGAUGGAAGACAGCAAAGAAAAGAACGGAAAAAAGAAGAGGAAAAGUUUAGCCAAGAGAAUCAGAGAAAGAUGCUGCAUUUUAUAAUCAAAGCCCAACUCCUUUCUUAUCUUGACCAUACUAAUAAAUAUAAUUUAUAAGCAUUGCCAUCGAA